AUGUCCAGUGACUUGAGAUUUCUGAAUAAUGUCUCCUUUCUGGAACUGAGUGAUUACCAGGACCAGCAGUUCAGUGUUGAUAAUGUUGAGUAUGAAAAAUUACUGAAAGAGAACUCUACACUGUAUGUGGGGAAUCUUUCAUUUCAUACAGAGCCAAUAUAUGAGCUCUUUAAUGGAUAUAAUGAUAUCAAGAAUGUAUUUAUGGGGCUGGGAAAAGUAUAUUUAUGGGACUGGGUAGAACUGGAUAGAUAUGGUUUCUGUUUUGUACAAUACCAUAACAGAGCUGAUGUUGAAAAUGCCAUGCAAUUCCUAAAUGGGACUUGCCUAAAUGACCAUAUCAUUGGAACAGAUUGGGAUCUCAGUUAUUUAGAGGGUAGACAGUGUAGCAAGGGCCAAUCUGGGGGCCAGGUAAUAGAUGAUUUUCUUGAAGACUUUGAUGUUGGUUUCUCCGGUCACUCCUGCCAGGGGAGAAAACAUGUAAACGCGUCUCAAGAGGAGGGGCUGGGGGAGCUGGGAGUGGCGGUGGCGGUGGAAGGCUGGCGGAUUCUGCUGGCUGCGCGGCGGCGGCAGCAGCUGAGCGGAGGCAGCGAAGGCGAAGGCGAAGGCGGGCGGCGGCCUAGAGCUGUGGUGGCGGCGGCAGCGAAGGCGGCCCGGGAGCUCGCGCCAGAGCCCGAGCCAGCUUGCUGCGGAGGCAGGCGGGCGCCCAGCGCUCUUGAGCGCGCGUAG